ACACACACACACACACACACACACAGGCAAAACAAACAUGGCCCAGCGUCAGCGUGGUAGUACAAAUUUGCCUGCAGGGGAGGAAGCUCAGAAGUUGAAUUAUCUACAGCCUGAAAUUCUUCCUGUGCAAGUAAUGGUGGAUGUCCUGAAAGAACUGUGUAUUGGUCCACCACGAUUCGUGACGCUUCCUUCCAUCUUGCUGGGUGGGUGGCCAGGUGAUGAAUGAAUGACCCUGACCCACCUUAAUCCACGACCCCUGACCUGCCUGCCUUCCCAGAUCUACCUGACAACCCCGCAAAAUAGCGUUGCCACGUGUUGUGCUAUUUAUAGAGGGAUUAAACCAGCCAUUCUACAGCAAGCAGAGAGACUGAAAAUCAUUCAUCUCUUUUACAAGUAUGUUAGUCCAAAAUAUCAACGUGAUUGUCGAAACAAUCACCGUGGAAAAUUGCUAAAAAAAAUAAGAGAAAGUAAAGCUACCCACUUGAAGGAUGAAGACUGGAAAAUGCUUGUGGUAGAGUCAAAAGGCAACAUUUUUCCCAGCUUGUCAACAAAAUCCACUGUAAAUAAUGAUGGUGAGAGGUUGAAGCCACCACCUUCCUGCAUCAACACUGAAAGGAAAAUCAUCAAACUGGGCAGUGUAUCAAAAACAUCCUCAACUGGCUUAGAUUUCCUUAUCAUUAAGAAAGAUGAUUCUGAAGUUAGUGAAGACAAAGAAAGCAACAAGAAGCAGAAACUGUUAAAAGAGAAGAGAAAAAUGCAGUGUGAAGAAGAAACCAAGAUGAAGAAAAUGAAGGUAGAUCAUGAGGAAAAUGAAGCAGUACUUUCGGCCCUGCUAAUUCAUGGUUGGUAGAGACCUGCCUUCCAGGAGGCUAUAAGUAACAUUGAUCUGCAAAAGGAUAUAAAAAAGAAGCCAGUGGAGGAUUGCAAGACACUGAAGUCAGAUAGGAAACUCAUCACAUGGCCCUAGGGUGUGACUUGCCAUAUUAUCUGACAUCAAAGAUAUAUCAUUAUCCAAAACUUGCUCAGAAAUUUUUCAAGCUGAAUGUUGCACAUUUAGAUUAAAUAGAAGUAAAGUUCUUGUAUAUUAUAUGGAGAUGAUCACAUAAUUGUAUGGUAAUCCUGUUUUUGUUUGCAAAAUGAUUUCUUAUACUAAAGUAGGUCCUGCACUAGCACUUGUAGCAUUAACUUUCAUUCGAAGUGGGAUGCUAGCAUUGCCUACUGUCUUACUCUUGGAUGUAAGCUUGUUGCCCAGAUCAGUAAAGGAUCCAAAAUGA